ACUUGACAAUAUGAGAUGGACUCUGAUACCAUUUACAAUGAAACAAGCAAAUGCAAGUCUCAUCUGCAUGAAACCCCAAUAGGACAUGUUGCCCUCAGAAGUGCAACAAGUGAAGUGCUGGGGGGUUUCAUGACAGGUGUUGUUCAAUCAAGAAGCAAAAAAUGGCAAUCUCCAAGCGGAGGAAGAAGAGUCAUAUUGUUCCAGUGCCCUGUAAAGUCUGUACAAACUUCAUGCCGGGUUUCAAUCCCUGUGACCUCACCGGGGAGAGAAGAAAAGAUGUCUACAAAUUUUUUGAGGGAUAAGAAGUUAGUUCCUGAUUCAGAUCCUCCUAGCAUCAAUGAUGUCAAACUUUUGUAUCAAUUUUUUGAUCAAAGCACCAAGCUCACGGCAUUGACUGGAGCUGGAAUGAGCACAGAGUGUGGUAUUCCUGAUUAUAGAAGCCCCAAUGGAGCUUAUAGUUCUGGUUUCAAACCAAUUACCCAUCAGGAGUUUCUGCGAUCCAGUCGGGCCCGUAGGCGGUAUUGGGCAAGAAGCUAUGCAGGAUGGAGACGGUUUUCUGCAUCACAGCCUGGUGCAGCUCAUAUUGCUUUAGCAUCUCUAGAAAGGGCCGGCCGUAUAAAUUUUAUGAUUACACAAAAUGUUGAUAGGCUGCACCAUCGUGCUGGUAGCAACCCGCUUGAACUACAUGGGACCGUAUAUACUGUAAUUUGUCUAGAUUGCGGUUUUUCUUUUAAUCGGGAUUUAUUCCAGGAGCAAGUGAAGGAGCUUAAUCCAAAGUGGGCAGCAGCAAUUGAAAGUUUGCGGUAUAGCAGCCGUGGGUCGGACAAGAGCUUUGGCAUGAAGCAGAGGCCUGAUGGUGAUAUUGAAAUUGAUGAAAAAUUUUGGGAAGAGGAUUUUCAUAUCCCUACUUGUGAAAAAUGCAAUGGUGUGCUAAAACCUGGUGUUGUUUUCUUUGGUGAUAAUGUCCCCAAAGAUAGUGCUGAUAAGGCAAUGGAAGCUGCAAAAGGAUGUGAUGCAUUUCUUGUAUUGGGAUCGUCUGUGAUGACCAUGUCUGCUUAUCGACUAGUCAGGUGGAGGAGAUGCAAGCUGUUAUUGGGAUUUCAUAUGAAGGGGAUGAAGAUAAAUUUAUGGCCCUUCUUAUGGCAAUUGAAGAGAGGCGGUCGAAGUCAAAGACUAAGCAGAACAGGGAUCUUAAAAGGCUAACUUGUUCCAUUAAUUAUGAUGCAAAGGAGGGAAGUAGUGGUAGGGAUAGAGUGAAAGGGAGGGGCAAUCUCGGUUUACAUGCGGCCUAAGAUCAUCUCUUGGAAUGUGCAGGGGCUUAACGAUCGCAAUAAACACCUCCACAUCAAAUCUUUAUUGCGGUUAUGGAAGGGGGAUGUGGUAUGUUUUCAAGAAACUAAACUCAGUUUUAUUGAUAGAAAAAUUGUGCGGAGUUUAUGGGGGUGCUCAUAUGUGGGAUGGGCCUAUCUGGCCUCUUUGGGAGCUUCAGGCGGAGUAUUAUUAAUGUGGGAUAGAAGAGUGGUUGAGGCGAUUGAGGAGUGUAUCGGGGAGUAUACGGUAGCAACACUUUUCAAAAAUGUGGUUGACGGGUGGGCAUGGGCUUUUGCGGGGUCUUACGGGCUGAAUUUGGACAGAGAAAGGGGGAGGCUUUGGGAAGAGUUGGCAGGGCUGCACUCUUUGUGGGAUGUAUCAUGGUGCAUGGGGGGGGGGGGGAGGGAUUUUAACGUUACUCGCUUCCCUAGUGAGAGAUCAGGGCACUGUCGGAAUUCUGCGGCCAUGGAGGAGUUCUCCGAGUUUAUCUUUGAGCUGGAUCUCAUGGAUCCCCCCCUUAUGGGGGGCGAGUUCACUUGGUCAAACGGUCGGGUUUGGUCAAAAUUGGAUCAAUUCCUUGUUUCUCCUGCAUGGGAAGUACACUAUCUGGAGGUUUGUCAGAAACGGUUAGCAAGAAUAAAUUCAGACCACUUUCCUAUUCUUUUAGAUUGUGGGGGUAUUCAUAGUGGGCGUUGGUACUUCAAGUUUGAGAACAUGUGGCUUGCAACGGAUGGGUUUGUAGAGAUGGUCUGUACUUGGUGGGCCUUGUAUCAGUUCUUUGGCACCCCAAGCUUCAUUCUUGCAGGUAAAUUGAAGGCACUGAAACAAGAUAUGAAGAAGUGGAACUUGGAAGUAUUUGACCACAUUGACAAUCAGAAGUCCUCUCUCCUAGAGGAAUUGCAGGAUCUAGAGAGGAGGGAGCUGUUGGGAGAGACCUCAGAGGAGGUGCUUUUGAGGAAGGGCACGGUUUUGGCAAAUCUAGAGAGGGUCUUGUUGUCAAAGGAGAUUUCUUGGCGCCAAAAAUCCAGAGCUCUUUGGUUGAAAGAAGGUGACAAGUGCACAAAAUACUUUCACAAAGUGGCCAAUUCACACCAGCGCAGUAACGCCAUUGAAUCUCUACACUCAGAUAACCAAGUGAUAUCUUCUGCUUCUGAUUUAGAAAACCAUAUUACGAAUUAUUAUGAGCGUCUUUUUUCGGAACCGGCUGGUUGGAGGCCAAAGCUGGAUACCUUGUCCUUUAAAACUAUUGAUCCUCAGAGCGUAAUUACUUUGGAGAGACCGUUUGAGAAAGACAAGAUUUACAAGGUCAUUUCUGGUAUGGCCAAAGACAAAGCGACGGGGCUGGAUGGGUUCUCAAUGGGGGUUCUUCCAAACUUGUUGGGACAUCGUUAAAGGUGAUGUUUUGCAAGUCUUCAGUGAAUUUCUUUCUUUUCAAAAGUUUAAAAAAUCUCUUAAUGCGACAUUCAUUGCUCUCAUACCAAAGAGACACGGGCUUCUGUUAUUAAGGAUUUCCGCCCUAUAAGCUUGAUUAGUGGUGUAUAUAAGAUUAUCUCGAAGGUCCUUGCCAACCGCUUAAGCCCGGCGCUGGAACAGAUUAUCUCCAAGCCUCAUAAUGCUUUUAUUCGUGGAAGACAAAUUCUUGACUCGGUGCUCAUUGCAAAUGAGUGCUUGGAUCAUAGAUUGAGGGAGGGUGAACCAGGUAUUUUAUGCAAGCUUGACAUAGAGAAGUCUUACGAUCAUGUGAAUUGGGAGUUCCUUCUGUAUAUGCUUAGGAGGAGUGGUUUUGGCGAUAGAUGGAUUACUUUGAUGCAUCAUUGCAUUUCAACAGCUCGGUUCUUAGUUUAAGUAAAUGGUACACCGGCUGGUUUUUUUGACAGAUAUCGUGGUUUGAGGCAAGGAGACCCUUUAUCUCCCCUUUUGUUUGUUAUAGUUAUGGAGGCUCUUAGCCAAAUGGUUCAGGUAGCUGUUAGCGGAGGUUUCUUAUCUGGCUUCAAGGUGGGUAAUGGCAUGGUUAUGAUCUCUCAUUUAUUAUUUGCAGAUGAUACCCUACUCUUUUGUGAAGCAAAUAAGAACCAGAUCCAAGCUCUACGGGCAUUGUUACUUUGCUUUGAAGCAGUGUCGGGGCUCAAGGUGAAUCUUGGUAAGUCUGAGAUGGUUCCGGUGGGUGCGGCUUCAAAUAUACGCAGCUUAGCUAGUUUUUUGGAUUGCCAGGUGUCUUCGUUGCCUUUGAAAUACCUAGGCCUUCCUCUGGGAGCUACUUUUAAGGCUAGAGCGAUUUGGGAUGGGGUAGUGGAGAAGAUAGAGAAAAGAUUGGCUGGCUGGAAACAGAUGUACUUAUCGAAAGGGGGUCGACUCACUCUUAUUAAAAGCACCCUUAUGAAUCUUCCCACUUAUUUUCUAUCUUUGUUCCCAUUGCCAGCAGGGGUGGGAAACAAAAUUGAGAAACUCUUUAGGGCGUUCCUAUGGGGGGCCAUGGGGGAGGAGAAGAAAUUCCAUCUGGUUAGAUGGAAGACAGUUUGUGAUCCUGUCGUAUAGGGGGGGUUGGGAGUGUGUGACUUGAGAACCUUCAAUAAAACUCUUUUGGGGAAAUGGUUAUGGAUAUACCAAUCGGAGGGGGAUGCAUUGUGAAAGGAAAUCAUUGUCGCUCACUAUGGAGAUACCUGGGGCGGUUGGUGUUCCAAUGAAGGGAGAGAGGGGUAUGGUUUGGGUUUAUGGAAGUUUAUAAGAAGGGGGUGGUCUUGUUUCGAGAAUCAUAUUCGAUUCGUUGUGGGAGAAGGCAAUAGAAUCAGUUUUUGGCGGGACGUGUGGUGUGGAGAUUAUGCUUUGGAAAAAGUUUUUCCGAACCUUUAUCGCAUUGCUGCUAAUAAAGAGGCUUCGGUUGCGAAUAUGCGGUCCCUCUAUAAUGGCACUAUUCAGUGGGAUGUUCUUUUCAACAGGAACUUUCAUGAUUGGGAAUUAUCUUCUAUUUCAGAUCUUUUCAAACUUCUAUACUCCAUGGGGACUCCUAUGAUACAGUGUGACCGUGUGAAGUGGAGGUGUAAUAAUCAGAAGAAAUUUACGAUAAAGGCGUAUUACAAAAUUUUGACCACACAAAACCUCCCUCUGUUCCCUUGGAAGAAUAUUUGGCGGUCGCGUGUACCUUCCAAAGUAGCAUUCUUCAUCUAGAAUGCAGCACUUGGGAAGAUCUUGACCACGGAUAAUUUGAGGAAGAGGGGGUGUGUAGUGAUGGAUUGGUGCUAUACGUGCAAAAAGAAUGGAGAAUCUGUAGAUCACCUUCUAUUACAUUGUGAGAUCACAAGAGAGAUAUGGGAUGAGAUUUUCCAAAGGGUCAACAUUGCUUGGGUGAUGCCUUUGAGGGUAGUGGACAUGCUGGGGUGUUGGAGGAAGAUACAAGGUUGCCAGCAAGUGGCAGCAGUAUGGAAGAUGAUUCCACUAUGUAUCAUGUGGUGUAUCUCGUUGGAAAGAAAUGCACACUAUUUUGAAGACAAGGAACGCACUAUGGAGGAGCUAAAGAACUUUUUCUUUCAAACUUUAUUGCUUUGGUUUUCUGCUAUUGUACUAAAUGGGGACAAUGUUCAUGAUUUCCUGUCUUUGAUUCCUUGCUCGUAGAAUGUUUUUAUGUACCUGAUGUAUACUUCCUGUAUAUAAGGGCCAUACAUGUUCUCUUAUGAUCAAUAAUAUUUAUCUUUUACUUAU